CCAAUGCAAAAACAAAACAAGCAACAAUAACAAAAACAUCAUUCAUAGAAUUAUAGAAUUGAAAGUUGAAGAAAUGUCUUCCAGAGAAUUAUUACGUAGAAGUAUUUUAGAGGUUUGUCGUAGUUUAGCAAUAGAAAUACGACAUCAACUUAUACCUAAAAAGCGCAUCGAAAAGACACAUAAUAUAAUUUCUAAAAAACCUAAGAAAAGGAUAUGGGUUAGGUCGAAUAUAUUACGUCGGCAAAUGUUAGGUACAACUUUGUUACGAAAAGAUUUAUCUUUUAAUAAUUCUGACAGCUUUUUGUCACAACUAAAAUUGCCAAAUGCACUUUUUGAAAAUCUUCUAAGAAAGGUGAGCCCCAUAAUUGGUAGAAGAGAUACGAAUAUGAGGCUGGCAUUGUCCAGUAGAGUGAAGCUGCAAAUAACUUUGAGAUUCCUUGCUCUGGGUUAUACUUAUAGUAGAUUGGAAGAUAUUUACUCUGUGCCUAGAUCCUCAAUUUCUCAUUUUAUCAAGGAAGUCUUGGAUGCUAUGUCAGAAGUACUUGCAGACUACGGACCUAUACAGGCUCACCAAAAUCUUGCACAUUGGAAAAAAAUUCAAGAAGAGUUCAUGUUGAAGUGGCAGUUUCCUUUUUGCUGCGGUGCAUUGGGUGGAAAGCAUGUAUACAUAAAGAAUCCACCUCCAGGGGGUUCAGAAAAUUUCAAAUAUGAAGGGACAUUCAGUAUUGUAAUGCUAGCGUUAGUAGAUGCCAAUUACAAAUUUAUUUAUAUUGAUGUUGGGAAAAAUGGACGAACAAAUGAUGCUUCUAUAUUUGAAAGCUCAUCAUUGGAUGAUUUAUUGUCAAAUAAUACAUUGAAUUUGCCUGAUAAGUCAAUACUGGUAGCAAGUGAGACAUUUCCUUUAAGGAAAGAAGUGAUGACACCAUUCACAGGUCAACAUCUUACUGAUAAGCAGGUAUUAUUCAACCAUCGUCUAGACCGUUGCCAGCGCACUGCUGAGAAUGCUUUGGGAAUAAUGGUAUCUCGGUUCAAAGUUUUCCAACGUCCUCAGAAUUUGGCUUUGGACAAAGUAGAUUCGAUCAUCAGGACUUGUGCUGUUCUACACAAUUGGUUGUUAGAGAAUAGUCCUAAUUACAUUGAAUCUGGCCUGAUUGAUGAGGAAGAUGAAUUGACAGGGACUUUCACUGCUGGUAGUUGGCGAUCAAACCCCAACAGUACUGGUGUUGCUGAUAUUCAGUAUCCAACGUCCAACUCCAUUCACACACAAGAAGCUGCCAAUUAUCGACAGAAACUGGCUGAUUAUUUCCUCAGCGAUGAUGCUCGGAUUCAAUUUGAAUAAUUAUAAUUAACUGUCAUUCAAUUCAAUAUUGUUGUAGGCUUACGUUUUCUGUGAUACAUAUAGUGAUUAAUAAUUUGAAAACAAUCAUAAAUGAUGGGCAAACUUGAAUCAUUAUUAAAAAAUAUUUCUAUAUUACUAAUAAUUGAAUUCAUUGGAGUGUAAAAAAUCCUUUAUAUCUCAAUAUCAUUCUAUAAUACCUUACAUCCUUAGAAAAUAAUAAAAAUCAUUGCAACUUUGAA